UGCGGAGAAGGCGGAUGCGGUGCCUGCACAGUCGUAGUCAGCCAAUAUAACCCUACCACCAAGCGAAUAUAUCAUGCGAGCGUCAACGCCUGUUUAGCGCCCCUCGCCAGCGUAGAUGGGAAACAUGUUAUAACAAUCGAGGGUAUAGGAAAUGUAAAGCAACCUCACCCAGCUCAAGAGCGGAUAGCCAAGGGAAAUGGAAGCCAGUGUGGAUUUUGUACUCCAGGAAUCGUUAUGAGCUUGUACGCUUUGUUGAGGAAUAACGAGAACCCUACCGAACAUGAUAUUGAGGAAGCUUUCGACGGGAAUCUCUGCCGAUGUACUGGCUAUCGUUCGAUCCUAGAUGCUGCUCAUACCUUUAGCGUCAACAACAAGAGUGCUUGCGGUAAAAGUACAGCAAAUGGCGGCUCCGGCUGUUGCAUGGAAAAUGGCAACGGCGCAGACGGAGGAUGUUGCAAGAGCAAAGAUCUUAACGAUGGCCAACCAAUCAAGAAAUUUACUCCCCCAGGCUUCAUCGAAUAUAAUCCAGAUACCCAACUCAUAUUCCCACCGUCUCUAAAGAAACAUACAUUCAAGCCUCUUUCGUUUGGGAAUAAGAGAAAGAGGUGGUAUCGACCUGUCACACUGGACCAAUUGCUAGAAAUCAAGAGCGUGUACCCCAAUGCAAAGAUAAUUGGCGGGAGUACAGAAACACAAAUUGAGGUCAAGUUCAAAGCUUUGCAGUACCCGGUCUCAGUCUUUGUCGGAGACAUCCCUGAGUUACGACACUAUUCCUUCAAGGAUGACCAUCUUGAGAUCGGCGGAAAUGUUGUACUCACAGAUCUUGAGAAUAUUUGCCAGGAUGCCAUGAAGCAUUAUGGUGAAGCAAGAGCUCAAGUAUUUCAAGCUAUUUAUAAACAACUUAAAUACUUCGCAGGACGUCAGAUCAGAAACGUCGGUACUCCCGCCGGAAACCUAGUCACUGCUUCUCCAAUCUCCGACUUGAAUCCCGUGUUCAUGGCAGCAGACUGCGUUCUAGUCGCCAAGUCACAGAGUAAAGAGACCGAGAUCCCUAUGGCGACAUUUUUCAGGGGCUAUCGUAGGACAGCUUUAGAACCGGAUGCAAUCCUCACGUCUAUUCGCAUUCCUGUUACUCGCGAGAAGGGUGACUACUUCAGAGCGUACAAACAAGCGAAGCGCAAAGAUGAUGAUAUAGCAAUUGUAACUGGGGCAUUACACGUUACGUUAGACCGAAAAGGUGUUGUGGAGCACUGCAACCUGGUCUAUGGUGGCAUGGCUCCAUUCACUGUUGCAGCGAAGAAGGCCAACGAGUAUCUUAAAGGCAAACUAUUCGCUCAUCCAGAUACCUUGGAAGGGACCAUGAAUGCUCUCGAGUCCGAUUUCGAUCUGGUCUUUAGUGUUCCGGGAGGCAUGGCUUCAUAUCGAAAGUCGUUGGCACUCGGUUUCUUUUACCGUUUCUACCACGAUGUAUUAUCAGGUAUCAACGCGGAAAGUGAGCAUGGCGAUAGCCAGGCAGUCGAAGAGCUCGAAAGAGUACUAUCAACUGGCUGGAAAGACCACGACGCAACGACUGCCUAUAUUAAGGGCCCGCUUGGAAAAGCAGCCAAUCACGUAGCAGCUUUGAAGCAAACUACAGGAGAGGCACAGUACACCGACGAUAUCCCACCACUCAAAAACGAACUCCACGGAUGUCUAGUAUUGUCAACAAGAGCACACGCAAAGAUCAAAUCGAGAGAUUACUCCGCAGCAUUGGACAUACCAGGUGUCAUAGACAUUGUUGACAAGGACGAUUUACAUAACCCUGAACAUAAUAAAUGGGGUGCGCCAAAUUUCGACGAUUUAUUUUUCGUCGAUGAUGAGGUGUUCACUGCUGGCCAACCGAUCGCAAUGGUUUUGGCUACCAGUAAGGCAAAGGCGUCACAAGGAGUCAGGGCAGUGAAGAUUGAGUACGAAGAUCUUCCUGCCAUCUUCACAAUGGAGGAGGCAAUCGAAAAGGAGAGUUUCCAUAAGUAUUACCGGUAUAUCAAGAAAGGCGAUCCAGAAGAGGCGUUUAAACACUGCGACUACACAUUCACGGGUGUCACGCGAAUGGGAGGGCAAGAACACUUCUACCUUGAGACGAAUGCCUGUGUGGCUAUACCUAAACCGGAGGAUGGCGAGAUGGAAAUAUGGACCAGUAGCCAGAAUCCCAACGAGAGCCAAGCAUACGCAUCUAAGAUCUUAGGCGUACAAGCAAAUAAAGUAGUGGCACGUGUAAAACGUCUAGGAGGCGGUUUUGGUGGUAAAGAAACGAGAUGCGUCCAUCUUAGCACCAUAUGCGCAUUAGCUGCGCAGAAGGCUAAGCGACCUGUCAGAUGCAUGCUUGAUCGAGACGAAGAUAUGGCAAUAUCUGGUCAGCGGCACCCUUUCCUCGCCAAAUGGAAAGUGGGCGUGAAUAAGGACGGCAAGUUCCAAGCUUUGGAUAUCGAUAUCUUCAACAAUGCUGGCUGGUCUUUCGACUUGAGCCCCGCCGUAUGCGAGCGAUCGAUGUCUCAUUGCGAUAAUUGCUAUAAGAUUCCUAACGUCCACGUUCGCGGCCGUUUGUGUAAGACCAAUACCAUGUCAAACACAGCCUUCCGCGGGUUUGGUGGACCACAGGGCUUGUUUUUCGCCGAGUCCUACAUGUCUGAAGUCGCCGACCGCCUCAAUAUCCCCGUCGAAAAGUUGCGCGAGAUCAAUUUCUAUCAGAUCGGCGAUGAGACUCAUUUCAAUCAACGUAUCCAGGAUUGGCAUGUCCCUCUAAUGUAUAAACAAGUUCGGGAAGAGUCGGAUUACGACAAUCGCCGUAAGGCCGUCGAUAAGUUCAAUGCCGAGCACAAAUGGCGUAAACGAGGGUUGGCUUUAAUUCCUACAAAGUUUGGCAUUUCAUUUACCGCACUUUGGCUCAACCAGGCUGGCGCCUUAGUGCACAUCUACCACGAUGGAUCGGUUCUCGUUGCCCACGGCGGCACCGAAAUGGGCCAGGGGUUACAUACCAAGAUGAUCACAAUCGCCGCACAAGCACUUCAGGUACCGAUGGAAAGUGUCCACAUCUCAGAGACGUCUACUGUCACGGUAGCAAAUGCUUCUGCCACUGCUGCCUCGGCAUCAUCCGAUCUUAACGGUUACGCCGUCUUCAACGCCUGCGAACAGAUCAACGCUCGACUAGCGCCAUACAGAGAGAAGCUUGGACCCAAUGCUACCAUGAAGGAGAUCGCCCACGCGGCUUACUUCGACCGCGUAAACUUAAGUGCGAACGGAUUCUACAAGACGCCCGAGAUCGGGUACGUGUGGGGUGAAAACACAGGCAAGAUGUUCUUCUACUUCACCCAAGGCGUCAUAGCUGCCGAAGUUGAAGUCGACUGCUUGACCGGGACCUGGACGUGCCUACGUGCCGACAUUAAGAUGGAUAUCGGUCGAUCUAUCAACCCGUCCAUCGACUACGGCCAGAUCGAGGGCGCCUUCACACAAGGUUUAGGCCUAUUUACCAUGGAAGAGAGCUUAUGGCUGCGCAACGGGCCCAUGAAGGGCAACCUGUUCACCAAAGGUCCCGGCACCUACAAGAUCCCCGGGUUCCGCGACAUCCCUCAGGUCUUCAACGUUAGCCUGCUCAAAGACGUCGAGUGGGAGAAUUUACGCACGAUACAACGCAGCAGGGGCGUCGGCGAGCCGCCGCUGUUCAUGGGUAGCUCCGUGUUCUUCGCAAUAAGGGAUGCGUUGAAGGCGGCGCGAGCGGAUUACGGCGUCAAGGCGAAGUUGUUCGCAGAGGGAGGCGAGGGUGAUGGGUUACUGAGGCUCGAGAGCCCGGCCACGCCUGAAAGGAUUAGGCUCUCGUGCGUGGAUCCGAUUAUGGAACGCGCGAGGGUUUUGCCGAAGGAGGGCGAAAAGAGCUUUUUUAUUGCGAUUUAGGGUAAGGGCUGAGAGGUAUGAAUUAUGUAUGACGGGCAAAAUAUGGGCAUAAGGAUAGCAUUUCUAGCUUAGAUUGGAAUUUACAGGUUCAAUACGGUAGCUCGGUAUCGUUCGCUUGAGUACAUCAUCAAAUAGCUAGUGCUCUCUUACGAUGUGUGUAUGCGUCUAGGAAGUCAAGAACGAGCGACAGCGAUCGAUUCAUGCGAGUAUAAAUGCAAGUAUAACAAAAUAUCGCAGUAUCCUUUUAAUAUGACCCACCCGGGUUAAUAUUCCCGAUCGAAUCGCCGCUUAUAAAUC